CUGGUUAUCGAUGAACUGCCACUCAUAACAAUCGAGUUUUCCAAUUUCGGAUUUUUUUCCUAUUUUUCGUGUGCGUGCGUGUUGCCUCGUGUCUGCCCUUGGAAAUAUUCCUCCUUUUAGACUGUUUUCGCUUGCUCAGGAAACCAACGCAGGCGAAGCGCCGGGAACCCCAAACCUAAGCUAAUUCACCUGAAACCCCGAGUCGCACUCCGAUUACCUAGUGCCCUUGGCAACAAGUAACUUUCCCCUUCCACUCACUGCAAAACCUGUCGAAAUGCAGAACGGAAAGCAAAGAUCAGGGGCCAGGUCCGCGUACAACCGUCGCCCCAGAACUGGAGCAUCCACCACCGUCGUGGAGAAUUCCGUAAAACCUGAACCCGCGGACACCCAAGUGGGCAACGACGACAACGCCUGUGUGGUGUGCUUCAAGAACGUGGACAUCUACUCCAUAGGUGACUGCGAUCACCCAGUAUGCUACGAGUGCUCCACCCGGAUGCGGGUGCUCUGCCAGCAGAACGAGUGCCCCAUUUGCCGGCAUGUCCUGUCUAAGGUUCUGUUCACCCUUGAAAAGCUGCCCUACCGAGAACUGGAAGCCAACAACCGCUCCGACUUCUAUAGCAAGAAGUAUCGCAUCGGCUUCUGCAGCGCCGAGAUUCAGCAGCAGUUCUUCAAGCUGCUCGACCAUCCUUGCCCCAAAUGCGAUGCACCUCCGUACCGAACCUUCCAGGGCCUGCGAAACCACGUGCGCAGCGAGCACAGCUUGCUGUACUGCGAUCUCUGCGUGGAGACCCUCAAGAUCUUCACCUUCGAGCGCAGGUGUUACACCCAGGCAGAAUUGCAGCUACACAACACCAAGGGUGAUCCGGACAAUCGGUCCCAUCGCGGCCACCCACUGUGCGAGUACUGCAAGAAGCGCUAUCUGGACAGGGACGAGUUGUUCCGCCAUCUGCGUCGCGAGCACUAUUUCUGCCACUUCUGUGAUGCAGACGGCUGCAAUGAGUUCUAUAACGAUUAUGCCGAUCUGGCGGACCACUUCCGGCAGGAGCACUUUCUCUGCGAAGAGGGCAAGUGCGCUACCGAGCAGUUCGUUGGUGCUUUCCGCAACGAGAUAGAGUACAAGGCGCACGUGGCCAACGUACAUGGAAAGUCGCUCAACAAGCAGCAGGCCAAGCAGACGCGAACGCUGCAGCUGGAGAUUACACUGGGACCGCGCGGACGCAGCGGACAGACGGAGCAGGGAAUAGCCAAUAUGAGAGCCAGGAACGACGAGCACAACGACUUUCUGGACGAGUUGCCCUCGAGCAGCCAGCGCCACGUAAGCAUCGAUGCUGGCAACGAGGAGCAGUUCCCCACGCUGAGAGGCGCCUCCACCGCGCCAAGUGUGUCCUUGGUCAGACCUCCGCCGCCCUCGAUGCGCAAUCUUAGCGGAACCUCUGGUCUUGCUCGCACCAAAGAAAACUUCCCGGCUCUGGGAGGGGGAAACGGAGGUGGUGCUGCUGGCUCCUCUGCCAGCAGCCUCGCCGCCAGAGCUGCUCAGUCCCAGCACCCUGUGUCGGCAGUCUUUAAAAAACCAACCAGCGCGGCCGCAACUUCUUCCAGCCGGAAUGCUCCUCCCAGCAAUGGAAUGCUUUUGCACGUAUCAAAUCGACCAGCGGCCGUGGCCAAAAAGGCAGCCGCACCGCAACUUGACUUUCCCGCUCUGCCGGGCAAGGGCAACAAGAAGAAUUUACGCAACCUGGAGGAGGACAUGCUGCCGAGCGGCUCUACAAUUCCGAUGACCAAUAUAUCAGCCAAGCAUCGGUCUUUGGCCGAUGAUUACGUAUCUGUGGCCAACCCGAGCAAUUUCCAGAAGCUGCAGAUGGUGCAAAAGGAGGAGGACGCGGCCAAAGCGCGUCAAGAGGCUUUGAAAAAGAGCGCGCCCAAGCUCACCGCAUCGGAAUUUCCCAGCCUUGGACCGAGUUCCAGUGCCAGUUCGAGCAGAGCUGUUGCUCCGAAGCCAGGCAACGGUUCUCCUCUAAACUGGUCCAAGCCCACGUCCGAAAAGAAGCAGCGAGAGUUGGAGAAUCGCAAGGCCAAAGUGGCACCUGCCCCAGUGUUGCCCACACCCGCAGCUAAAUCCGCUCCCAAGGCAAACAAUAACAAUGUCCAGGAGCAACACGGCAACAAGAAGGAUAAAAAACCGAAGGAUAAAAAGAGCAAUCAAGAAAACCAGCCUAAGACGGGCAAGCAAAAAGAAAAGAACAACAACGAACCAAAAUCUACAUGCAACGGGGAUCCGCCCACGCCAACUCGUUCUCCUGGCUCAGGAUCCGGCGGACCGCUCAAGCCACCACCCGGUUUCGUGUCUAAUGUGACGGUCAACUCGGUGGCCAAGCUGCCCAACAAUCUCACGUUCACCAGUUCGCUGGGUGAGUCCUAUAACAUUGUACCGAGUCCGUAUACGUACACCGACCCGCCAGAUACUGGUUUGCGUAAUCAGAAAUUGGUCGACCAGGUUAUGAGCCAGCUUAAGACCCCCGAGGCGUUAAACGAAUUUCGCAUGCUUUCGUCCAAGUUCCGGGAGGGAUCCUGUUCCGGUCAAGCAUACUACGAGCAUUGCCAGUGCGCCAUGCUGGACUCGUUCUACAAUCUGUUCCCAGAGCUUCUGGCCAUGCUGCCAGAUAUAAGCAAGCAACAGGAACUUUAUCUAGUGCACAAACAGCAUCUGAACAGUUUGCCACCCGCCCAACGUAAAUCCGUGCCGACACUUGAUGUUUGCAAAGUCUGCAAACAGAUCCUCAUCACCGCCGACUUAGAAGCCCACCAGCAGGUGCAUGAGCUGACCAAAAACUUUCCCGUGCUCGGAAGCUCGGCUUCCAUUUCGCACCGCAACUAAGGCGCACGGAUCGUAGGAUGACAAAAGCUUUACCCCUGUAUAUUUUCUAUGUAUAUACCGACCGUUUCAAACAAAAGGAAACCCAGGAAGUGGAAAUCUGAAUGUGAACUAGCCGAAAUACAUGUGUCACACCUUGAGGCGCGCCCUACGAAGCAUUGUGUUCGAUGUGACUUAGUCCAAGCAAUAGCAAAGUGAGCAAGGGAUGCGUUUUUAAUAUUUACGAGUGAGCUUGUGUUUAGCAAACGCCCGCAACCUAAUAAAGUUCAAAUCAACCACA